CGUCCCUACUUUAACUCUUUAACUCUUUGCUGCCUGCUGAUAGAAUCUAGGGGAGAUUUUUAAAUAUUGCUUUAAAAGACUGUGUUUCUCAGAGGUUAAGAAGAUUUAAAGUGAAUAUUAAGUUGGAAAUAAAUCAAUAAUUUUACAGAAGAUGGCAGCCAAACAAUUAAAGUCUACUGUAACAAAGGGCUCUGGAAUUUCAUCAGCUGGUGCCUCUCCAGCUCAUACAGCAGAGACUAGAACAUUGAACUUAGAGGCGGUACAAGAGAACUUAAAAGACUUUAUGCAAGAAAAAUUUAAAGUAAUAACUGAUGAGAUGUCUGAAAUGAAAGAGCAGAUAUUAGAAAUUCAAGUGGGAAAUAAAGAAGUUAAGGAAGGAUUUGUAAUUGCAGUACAAAGUUUGGCAACAAAUGUGAUUUUAUUAGAAGAGGAAGUUGAAGAAAUUAAGCAACAUAAUUCAAAAUUAGAAAAUAAAAUGGCUGAAUUUCAAAGUAAAAUGGAAAAAACAGAUGAUGAAAUAGUUUUGAUACAAUAUAGAAAUAUGGAAUUUGCUCUAAGAAUCCGUGGUCUGAAAGAGAAUAAAGAAGAGAAUUUAAGGGAAAUUUUUUCUGAAGUAUUUGCUGAGAUAUUAGCAGUUUGUCCAGCAGAUGUGGCUUAUCAAAUUGAUAAAAUAUAUCGUGUGAAUUCGUGGAUAGCAAGGCAAAAAAAGUUGCCAAGGGAUGUUAUUUAUUUUACAAAUAGAACAGUGAGAAAUCAGAUUUUGCAAGCCUCAUAUAAGGGGGAGAAGAUUCAGAUUGCUGGUCAAGGUAUUUUAAUAUUAAAGGAAAUUCCACCAAAAAUGUUAAGGGCUAGGAAGGAAUUUGCCUUCCUGGUGAAUGAACUUAAAAAACGUCAGAUUGAAUAUAGAUGGGAUAUUCCAACUGGUAUAAUAGUAUAUUAUGCAGGGAAAGUACAUUGUCUCAAUACAGUUGGAAAAGCAGGAGAAUUUUAUGUUGAGGCAUUAAAAGUUGGAAGUCCUCCUCCAUUGGAAGCUAGAAGAAGAGAGACUGAGGUGAAGGAAAGAGAAGUGAAGCAGGUACAAGAACAGAUUGUGAUGGAAGAAGAUUUAUUACAAGUGUUGGAAAUACCUACAACGGGUUCAGACUCAAAAGAACAAAGGCUGACGAGCUGCUGCUAAACGCAAGGAACAAGAGAUGAAGGCACAACAACAACUGGCAACUACUACAAUGGAAACAGUGGGAGGAGCAAGGCCUAAAGCAAAAUGUGAUCUGCGGCUAGUGUUCCAAAAGUUUCCUUUGGCCGAUAAUGGCAAUUAAACUAUUAUCUUGGAAUGUUAAUGGUUUGAAUUCACCGCAGAAGAGAAGGAAAGUAUUUCACUAUUUGAAACAAUUUAAAAAUGACAUUACCUGUUUACAAGAAACACAUAUUAGAUCUUUAGACCAGAAAUAUUUGAUAAAUUCAAAACUGGGAGUACAUUUUGUUGCCUCCUCUUUGGAAAAAAAAUGCAUUUUGGAUUAAAGUAUGGUGGAUCAUGCAGAAUAUUUUGAAAAAGAAGAUUAAGUUUACCCCGCAGUUCUUUUUACUAGGAAUAAUUAUGGAUUGUACAGCUAUAGAGACUAAAUUGAUUUUGAACUUAAUAACAGCCGCAAGACUUUUGAUUGCUCAAUAUUGGAAGAAAGAAGAAUUACCUACAAUUGAAGAAUGGACACUUAAAGUAUCAAAUCUGGCAGAAAUGGCAAAAAUCUCUGCUUACUUGAAAGACUAUACACAAGAAAAAUAUAUUUUAGAAUGGAAAAUGUGGAUUGAUUAUAUUCAAAAUAAGUAUCAGAUAAAAAAAUAUCGAAUAGCAUAUGAGUAAAUUUAGGAAAUAUUUUGUAUUAGAUAUAUUUCUGAAGGAGAGGGGAAUUGAGAGUGUGAUUAAGUGUGGAGAGACUAGAGAUUAUAAUUUAGAAAUUAUUUUAGAUUAUGAUUGUUAGUUUUGAUAUCCUGCAUUUUGUUCUGGGA